GCGCUGCUGCCAUGGGGUCCCAGCGGCCGCUGCUGGUGCCUUGGCUGCGGGAACAGCUGGACAGUGGGUGCUACCCGGGUGUGUGCUGGCUCAAUGCUGAACGCACCCGGUUCCGCGUGCCCUGGAAGCACGGACUGCGUCAUGAUGCCGCGCGUGAGGACUUCCAGCUCUUCCAGGACUGGGCCACUGUCAGUGGGUGCUAUCAUGCAGGUACUGCCCCUGUGCCCUCCAUCUGGAAGAGGAAUUUCCGCUCGGCCCUGAACCGGAAACCUGAGUUCAAGGUGGUUGAGGACAACAGCUCUGAUGCCACCGAUCCCCACAAGGUCUAUGAGAUCCUGCCUGUGGGGGUGCAGGCUGGUGCAGAUGAAGCCCCCCUGGUGGCAGGGAGGGCUGACACUCUCGAUGGACCCCUAGAGCAGCUGUUAGGGGAGGGCUGCAGCCCGGACUCGGACCUGGAGCAGUACGUGCAUUUGAUGACCCUCUGCAGCCCAGAGGAGGACAUUUCUUCUCCAGAUCUCUCACUGUUUGGCCCUGGGGAGGCAGUAGGGGAUGCUGCAGUGCCUGUCCUGAGCGGGGCUGAGGUCCUACCCCCUCUGGUGCAGCCACUAUCCACCCCCAACCCCGGAGGGCUACUGCUGGGGUCAAAUGAGCUUGAUUUUGAUGUGAACGUGUACUAUCGGGGCCACCGGGUUCUGCAUACGCUGGUGUCCAGUUCCCAGGGGCUGCGUCUGGUGUUCCCCCAGUCCAGCCCCAGCCCUGCCCCAGAGCUGACGGAUGUGGUGCUGCCUGACCCGGAGUCCCUACCCGACAGGGUGCAGGCCAACUACACAGGGCGCUUGCUCCGGGGGCUGGGCCCUGGCGUGGUGCUGCGGGCCAAGGGGCGUAUCCUGGGGGGCUGCCGGCUGGGGCGCUGCCAUGCCUUCUGGGGGCUCACAGCAACGCCUGCACCUGGAGCGCUUGGUGGGGAGAUCCCCAAGGAGAGCUUCACGCCACUCUACAGCCUACCCGAGUUCAUCCAAGAUCUGAUUGGGUUCAUGGAGGGCCAGCGCAGGUCCCCUGACUAUGAGCUGUGGCUGUGCCUGGGGGAAAAGUGGCCAGACACCGAGCGGCCCUGGAACCGGAAACUCAUCAUGGUGCAGGUGGUGUUGGUGGCCCUGCAGAAGUUGCAUGAGCUGAGCCAGGCAGGUGGUGCCUCAUCUCUGCGCAGCUCGGAGCUGAACCUGCACAUCUCAGACUCACUGGGUGACGGGGGGCUGCUGGGGGCCCUGCGCAGCUGGGAGGAGCUCAUGGAUACCCAGCCCUGAGCCAGCCCCCACCCCUGCCUUGAUGGAUAGAUGGGCUCCAGCCCCCCCCACAUGGAUGGGCAGACAGACAAGCCCUAGCCCUGAGUUUGGACAUACUGAUGCAUAAGACAACCACCAUCUUCCACCCUUCCCCCAGCCUGGACAGACAGAUAGCUCUCACCCCCACCUGGACAGACAGCCAGCCCCCACUCUGGACAGACAGCUCCCACCUCCUGCCUGGAUAGACAGCUGCAUGAACAACCACCAUCUCCUGCCUGGAUGUACAGACAGCCAGACCACUGCUUCCCAACUUUCAGGAGCUAGACUGAUGCAGCUAUACCCCACUGCCCCCACUACCAGAGCUGGACAGACUCAGGGACCAAGAUCACCUUGUCUUACAGGUGGAUGGACACAGGCCACCAACUUCCCCCCCAUGCUGGACAAAGCCCAGGACAUCCCCCAAACCCUGCCUUUUGUCUGAGAAAGCCAUGGGCCUCUUGCCAUGGCUGGAUGUACACACAGACAGAUAUACAAGGCCAGAAGAUCCAACAACCCCUCCUUCCCCUGACCACACUGAAAUGGGGUGAGAUUCCCGCAGGAUCCUGAGAAGCAAGCCCAGUCCACGGCGGGAGGGGACACAAAGACCCUCUCCCCAUGGGUGAGGCACAGCCAGACUGCAGACAAAGAAUAAAGAGAUGAAGCUGUUCUGUUGCAUGUUCCUCCUCCGAGCCUCAAAUAAAAAGCCAGGAGUCCUGGCUCCCCCCUAUUCAUCUAACCCACCAGGCCCCCAUUCCCCUGCCAAAGCUGGGAAAGGACCCAGGAGUCCUGGCUCCCUGAACUACACUCAUCUCUCCAUCUGUAGAUUAAAUGGAAGACUCUAAAGAUCAGCACAGAUGGAUGCUGUUCCCUGGGAAGCAUCUGAGGGACAGCACAGC